UCAUUGUCUCAUAGAAACCUUCAUUAAUUCUAAAUUCGUUUUGACCAACAAAUCCAAACUCUGGAAAUAUCCCAGCCAUGUCAUCAGUUGAAGGAGUAGCUGUCACUCUGACUCCUCGAGAACAGAGAAGAGUUGAAAGAGAGGAACGAAAGCGUCGAAGAAAUGGUCAGGAAUCCUCAACAAAGCAACCAACAUCAGAAAAGAAAAAAGAGAAAACUCCUGGGAAGGAUUUAGAGAAGAAAAACAAAACAGCUUCUAACGGCGGAGCGAGUGUGCACAAGAAGCCACCUAGUGGAGCAAAACGUGUAAAUUCAUAUGAUAAAGUGAAUAUUAUUGAGAAAACUCCGAAAUUUGAAACAACCGAGAAAGAGAAUAAAGGGAAGAAACAAAAUGAAGUGACAAAACCAGAAGCCAAAACUGCUCGACAGAAACUUGGGAGUAAAUUCAUGGAUAAUUUGUCGAAAUUUGAGAACCGGAAUCAAGAUAAUGAAGACAACAAAAAAACACCCUUUGUGAGGUCAUACAGCUCAGUCAAUCAGUCAUCGGCUAAUGAUUCAUCUGCGUUCAGAAGAUCUCACAGACCUUCUCGGAGCACACCGGCUGUGAACGAUCCAUCAAUACUCAUGCGACGUUCACUGAGGAGGGAGAGAGUUCUUGAUAGUAUUGCAAAACUUGAGAAGCAAUCUACGUUGAAAGAGAAACCGGCAUCGCCUGGCAGACCACGAUCAGAUGAGAAUAAAGAAAAGGUUCUAUCUCGUCGUUCUUCUGCAAGUUCAAGCAAGACUUCUCUCUCAGACUCUGGAUCAAGCACAACGUCCACCAAGGGAUUGUCCAGGGCUCAACAAGCAUUAGAAAGACACAAGAACAGGAUCCGAAGUACUUCUCAAACAUCUGGGGGCGGGGUCACACCUUCACCCACCAAACCUUCCAGUCCGGCUUGCAAAAGUCGUUCGUUCUCAAAUGAUUUCAAUCGAAAAACUCCGAACAAAUCAAAAUCGAAGGAAUUACAAAGAACUCCCUCAGUUGAUGAUCAGUCUCCAUCAAGGAAAGUCUCUGUCACCAAGAGUCCACUAGAUGGCGAUAAAUUAGAAGUAACCAUGGUAACAGAGGUCAUGACCCCUGCAGAAGGGAAGAUGAAUGUUGUUGUGAAGGAACAUGUCCUCAGCGAAGAAGAAGCAGAGCUACUACUUUCUCCACAAGAUGGCACUGAAGAUCUACCCGAAUCAGAGUAUCAACCUGGUGAUCCAAGACCAGUCUCCGUUGAAGAUGUUGUUGCAAUAUUCAACCUGGAAGAUGGCCCUCCACCAUCCCCCGAGCCUAUUGUUACUCCAGUUACCAAAACACGACGAAAAUUACCAGAAAUACCAGCAGACCAAACAACAUCUGCAACCAAAGAAGGAAGAAGUCGACGAAAAAAAUCUAAAAAACAUUCCACUGGUGGCAGCGGUGAGCCACAUUCCUUUGAAGAGCAAAGUGUUGUUGUCAUAGAAACAAGCCCUACAUUCAAACAAUUUAAUGACAUAUUUCAAGUUUCCUCCCCGAAAUCUGAGAAAACCUUUCACAAUUUCAACCAAAACUCCUCUAAUAUUGAACCAUUGAAGCAUGACCAAAAGUCACUGGAGCUUGACCAAAGUCCACCAACAGAAAAAUCAUUGAAGCAAGACCAAAAAUUAAUGAAGCAAAACCUAAAGUCACAGGAGCAUAACAGUAUUUCACCUGUACAAAAAUCAUCAAAGCACGACCAAAAACUAUUGAAGCAUGACCAAAUUAUACAAAACAAUGACCAAAACACUAUUUCUUUAUGCAUGAAUGAGCAAAUUAAACCAAAAGUUGCCGCUGAAGUUCAUGUAGCUUCGGACAAUCAACCAAUCACUGAAGGGAAAGACACAGAGGGAGAUAAAAAAUAUGACCCAGAGGAUGCAAUUCAGGUUUUGCGACGCUUAUCAGAGGAGAUCCAUUCUCAACCAAUCAAAACAAGUGAGCGGUCAUCCGUGUCAGGGUCAAAGGUUGAGCCACUCAUUGAAGAAGAGAAUCAAGAUUUAACGAACAAUAAGAAACGAAACUCCAGAAAGAAAAAGAAAUCUGGGAACAACGCUGGUGAUCGACCGACAUCAUUACACAUUCAGGAGGUUUUGUAUAUCGCAGAUGACGAUAAAUCUCCUUUGAGGAGAACUGUUUCGGAGACUACAAAAACUUCAACACAAGAGGUCGCUAUAGCACUACCAAGUCCUGAAGCAAAACAACGAAAAUCUUCGAGAAGAAGCAAGCAAUCAUCAAGCUCCUCUUCACCAGAGAAACUUUCUUCGCCACCUAGGUCCCCUACUAAAACUAGAUCAUCUAGAACACCUCAAUCACCUGUCAAAGAUUACGUUUCUUUUUCGGAGACUCCUGUUUCGUUGAAGGAGGCUCCUACCAUCACACCCGUUGUGAGUGAAACUUCUACACUUGUCUCACCGAACAAAACUCCUACCACCACUCCCUUAUCACCAAAGAAGACUCCUACCACCACUCCCCUCUCACCAAAGAAUACUCCUACCACCACUCCCUUGUCACCACCAAAGAAGACUCCUACCACCACUGCCAUAUCACCUGUGAAAUCACUCCCUUCACCGGUCAAAACACAAUCUUCUGUAACUCCAACAUCUCCUGUUAAAUCUGUAAAAACUAAAUCUCCGGACAAAACCGCAGAAUCUCCGUCAAAAAGUCGCAAAAAAUCUUCUGAAAAAACAGCCGAUUCCUUUUUUGUGUUUCCUGAUCAAUCUACAGAGACGAAAGCUUCAUCCAAAUCUCCUGAAUCUGCAACUUCACCUGUGCGAAGUCUAUCACCAACGAAAUCAAACGAUAUGGAUUUCAGAAAAAAAGUUCUUACCAGACGGCAAGAUUCAUGGUUGGAUGACUCAGAUUCAGACGAUUCUGCGUAUAUCUUAUCAGAUGCCUCCAGCGAUGCAUCGGAUAUCGAUCUUGAUUGGCUCGGAGUGGAUUCUGAUGCCUCCACCCAGGGCAAAAAGAAGCAGAAAUCCAAGCCUCGCUCCGACUCAGUUGGAGUCCAACGCACGGCAUCGAAAGCCAAAGAUAUGCUGAAACUAUGGGAGAAGAAAGCUGCUGCUGAGCCAAAGCUGAAGACUGUGACCUCACCUGUCAAACAGCCUAAGAAACUGAGCAGCACUAUGGCUGCCUGGGAACAGAAAGCCAAAGAAAAUGGACUCAGUGAUGCCAGUGAUACAAACGGACAUGGAAAAUCAGAGAAGUCUGCUUCACCUUUGACCCCACGAAGUCAAAGAUCAUCUGUUACAUCAUCACCAAAACGUGAAAGCAUUCGUUCAACAUCAGGAAGUGAUCUGAAACUUGAAGAAGAACCAAAAGAAAUACAGGAAAUAUUUGAUGAAAAAGUUUCCGGCAAAAUCCAAGGAGCAAAAGCUUUGUUUGAGAAUCUUGGUCAGUCGCCUGUGAGGUCGCCAAGCUUUGUGAGACCGACUCGCAAACGUGUUGAAGAAAAAGUUGAAGCCAAACCUCGAGUGAAACGAGAAAGUGUCGAGAAUUCCCCGAUUGUUUCGAGGAAAUCAUCUUUUACAGACAAUCACGCAACGACUGAUAGCUCAAGGAAGUCGUCCAUCUCUCUGAGCUCGGAUUCGAGUGAUGACGAAGCUUCUGAUGAAUCUCCGAGCGUUGACAACAUGAGAGCGAUGUUCGAGAAUCAGGCAAAGUCUAAGCAGAACGUUAGGAAACACAGGAGCCUUGCUGAGAUGGUUGCCGAUGACGACAACUGUGACAUAACAGACGUUAGGAGCGUAAAAGCAAUGUGGGAAUCAAUGGACAAUCGCAGAUCUUCAGAUCAAGACGAGGAACCGAAACGAAAACCAAAGAAGCAGUCGAACAUACAGAAAAGAGCUGCAGCUAAAAAGAAAAAAGGUCGAAGAUCUAUGACGCAACCUGUUACAUCGGAUGACGUCAUAAAAGCAAAAGACAUGAUGAAUGGGAACACUAAACCUAACUCUGAGGGAGAGGAAGAAGAAGUUCUUAACUUCGUCGACCGAUUGAAAUUCUUCAACCAACUUUCAAAGAAUACUUCUUCACCUAAAUCAAAAGUACGAAGGCGAUCUGACACUCAACCGGUCAAAUCAUCUCAAAUCAGCAAAGCUACUGAAUUACUGACUGCAAAUCAACAAAAGAACGAGAAGUCUACUGAGAUCAAAUCAUUGAAGAAGGUUUCCCCAAACCAUUCACCGUUGAAAUCACCGACAAAAACAUCGAGAUCUCCUAUUACUAAAUCAACCCCAACUCCGAUUCUCAGCCCAAAAAGUCCGACUAUCGUUCCAUCGAUACAACGUCUUACUCGUAAAUUUUCGAUCAGCAGUUCAAGCGACAACGAAUCUCUGCUCAGCUCUAGCUCAACUAGCACUGAUGAUUGUGAACCUGGGAAAAAGAAGCUUUAUUUAAGUGAAGAAUCUACUGCCUCCAGUGUUGACAUGUCUGUUGACGUUGCUGAGAUCAAAUCGACGGGUUCGAUUCACGAGCGGAUGAAACGUCUUCAACAAAACACAACGGAAGAAAAAUGGAGAAAGCAAAGUCGGAAUUCUGAAAUCAAAUCAAGCGUCAGUGAACGACUGAAUAAGCUGAAGACCAACGAUGAGAAAUGGAAAAAGAAUCCUGCUGCAGCAGAUUUUGCUGCUCGUGCCGAAAAGUUGAGCGAGAGGAUUGCGAAGAUGAAAGAGGAUUCAAUGACGUGGAAAGAUAAAUCAGGAAAGCAAAAUGAUGCAACUCAGUUCACUGUCCAAGCUAAGCUGGCUAAAAGAGAGGGCAUAAAAGCAGUUGCUGUUCUUCCUUCGCCAUUAAUCAAACGACGUGUUCUGCCCAUGAUUGUGCCAAGUCAUGUUUCUGCUGUCACAGAAACCGAUGCAAAAUCAAAUGAUGACUCAACGAGCAUGAAUCAGCUUUCUUUUGUCGAAAAACUUGCAAAUAAAGGACUCGAAGAAAAUGUUUUAAAGCGAACCGAAGUAUUAACAACAGAAGUCCCCGAGUUUGAUGAAAAAGAAUUUGAGAAAUUUUUUGUUUCAACGCCCGAGAUGAACGGUGACGCUGAGCAUGAGAUAGAUGAUCUUCCACAACUAGAGGGCGCAUCAACACUCUCGGACAUAGGAAGAUUGAAGACGAAUGUUCAACAAAAAAACAAACGCAAAUCAUCGGCCAGGAACCCCCUCAAAGCCCUUGCUAAAAGAGCAGAUCUUAAGCAAUCAUACGACACGGAGAGACUGAACAUAGCAAGGUUGGAGCAACAACGAAUUGCACAAAGAGGUUACGGAGCAAACUUCACUUCAGCAGCUCUGGCUGGGCUGGCGGCAAAAGCUGACUUGAAAAAUGUCAACUUACGAAGUGCGAAAAACACUCCUAUGCCAUCUAGUGACGAUCUCAAGCCAUUCAAAGACGUUAUGUUGCUAAGGGCUAAAGGUCGUCGCCAGGUUCAAACCAGACUCGUUGAACCACGUCCAUCGUCUCUAUGUAGCGAUGAUGCGUAUCUUCUCGUCACACCAACCAAACUCUUCGGCUGGUUUGGGGAAUUCUGCAAUGUUAUUGAAAGAGCAAAGAUUAAUGAAAUAGCCGACUACAUAGUGAUCAAAGGGGAUCUUGGUUGCAAAGUCUCAGCUCUGAAAACUAUCGAAGAGGAUCACAACCCGAAGCAUUGUAAAGAAUUCUGGGAUUUUCUCGGCGGAGUUGGCGAAUGGCAGAAGUCUCCGUCUCCAGGGGCAGACGAACAAUACGAGGUUGAUGUUGGUACGACGAUAAAGACUUAUAAGAUGAUUGAUUCCAAGUUGGUUCCAUAUGAAGAUGCCUGGGGGAAAUUCCCUAAGAUGGAAAUGCUCGGGUCCAGCGAUACAUUUGUCUUUGAUUUUGGAGCGGAAAUGUAUAUUUGGCAGGGCAAAGAGGUCUCAUUCUCUGACAGACGUCUUGCUGUCCGUCUCGCUCGAGUGAUCUGGGAACAAGAUUAUGACUACACAGAGCAAGGACUUUGCCCUUUUCAUGGUUUGGAAUUGAAAGGGAAACGAGAAGACUGGGCUCUAUUUGCAAGAGUGAAUGAAAAUCUAGAAACCUCACUGUUCCAAGAAAAGUUUGAAAACUGGUCGAACAUCCAUCGAGAAAUUGGAGCGGAAGAAGCAGUAUUGAGGGAAUCCAAUCGCGGGAAAGAGGUCGUGGAGAAAAAAACGAAGUCGUCUAUUGCAUCGGAUAUGCAGGGCUGCGAUCCUAAGGAAAUGAGAGAUGGGAAGACUGAGCAUGUGCCCUUGAUUAUUGAAGGUUGUGACGUUUCCCAAGGUGCCGGUGAUAUAGUAGAUGAAGACGGAAGAAUCUUAGAGAUUGUAACGAAACAAGUUGAAACGUUCCAUGUUACUGAGAGCAAUGUUGAGCCUUUCAACGAUUCGGUUUUGCAUCGAUCAAAUUCUUACGUUGUGAAAUGGAAAUAUUCAAUCUCUAGUACAGGAAGAUUUGAAAAUAGCAAGGAAUCAAAGUCCAGUUCACCCGACACCUCCAGCAACGGUAGAGAACGUGUCGCUUACUUUUCAUGGGUCGGAUCUGAUGCUGCUGUCGGGGAUAAAGGAGCCUCUGCCAUAAUUGCUUCAAAUAUGGAUACAGAUGAUGGACCAAUCCUUAAUAUAGAAGAAGCAACAGCGCCACCAGUGUUCAAUAAAUGUUUCCAUGGUAACCUAGUUAUCAUGGACGGCAAGCGAGGCGUAAAACGAGGAAGUUUCACUUGGAGAUUGUAUGAGGUCAGAGGUCACUGUGAAGAUUCUGUCUCUCUGAUAGAGGUAAAUUGUGAAUGUCGAUCUUUACGUUCCUGUUCAUCGUUUGUUACAUUGCUUCCUCGGGAUGCUACUGCCAUCGUGUGGCACGGUUGCAGAUCUCCAAAGAACAUCCGUGAGGCUGCUGAAGCUGCAAUAAAUAAGAUGAGCGAGAGAAUGCCAGGAACCAUUCCAUUCAGGAGAAAUCCAACUUGCUUAGAAAUUUCAAUUUGUGAGGAGGGAAGUGAGACUGAUGCAUUCUGGGAAGCUGUCGGAGUGAAAAGGAGAACCAGAUAUGAAUGUUUACUAGAUGUUUCCACAGAAACCAGAAUUACUCGAGCAUGGAAUUUCACAAUUGACAAAGAAACUUUUAUUGCAAAACAAUUGCAGUCAAUGGAAGAUGACUCUUUGUUCCCAAUUGUUAAAGAACAAUUAUUCGAAUUAGAAACUCCUUGUUUAGUACUGAUCGACAGCACCCACGGAACAUUCCUCUGGCAGAAUUGUGACAGCAAAUCAUUGAACGCUUCAGCGAAACGGAGAUGGGACGUAAUUCGCAGAUUAGCCAUUGAGACAACGAUCAAAUAUUGCGAAGAAUAUGAAAGGGAAGAAGCCGUAUUAAUCGAAGCUGGUCUGGAACCUCAGUCUCUCACAAACGCUUUCCCGAGUUGGAAAACAAAAGAAAAGUCAGUGCUGGAUAAAUUGAUUACAUCUAAACCUCAACCAGUGAGCAAAGUCCUGAUGACAUUGUCACGGCUGACGUAUUCGAUCGAGGAAUUACGAGGACCUGAUCUUCCAGAUGGAGUAGACGCAAGUCAUCUAGAAUCGUAUCUAACGAACACUGAUUUUGAGAAAUUGUUCAAAAUGACGAAAAAAGAGUUUUACGAACUUCCUGUCUGGAAACAGAUGAAAAUCAGAAAAGAGAAAAACUUUUUUUAAUUUUAUUAUGAUGCAAUAAAGUACUUAUUAUUUCACAAA